AUGCAAACCAAAGACAAAGGCGGUGCCGCCGAACAUCAGGAAGACAUGGUGGGCCAUGUCACCCUGAAUAAGAACCCCCAAGGCGAAGUGAAAGAGAUCCAUACUGCGUCUGUGGCUCUUUCUGCGGCUGUUGCAGCUCAACCGCCAAAGCUACUGUCAAGGAAUAUGAUCAAGUUGUACGCUAUCAUGGGUAUUGGUUAUUUGGUUUCUACAAUGAACGGGUUCGACUCGUCAUUGAUGGGUGCCAUUAACGCCAUGAAGCCAUACCAGGACUCCUUCGGGCUUACCGGUGCCGGAUCUUCAACCGGUUUGAUUUUCAUCAUCUAUAACCUGGGACAAAUCGCUGCAUUCCCCUUCUGUGGUCUUCUGGCCGACGGUUACGGCCGAAAGGUCUGCAUCUUCGUCGGAUGUCUCAUCGUCUGGAUCGGAACCGCCGUGCAGGCCCCCGCAACAAGCAUGGGGAUGUUCAUUGCAGGCCGUUUUCUCCUCGGCCUUGGUGCAGCUCUCGCUUCUGCCGCUGGACCGGCCUAUACUGUCGAGCUGGCUCACCCAGCAUACCGUGGUACGAUGGCCGGUAUGUACAAUAACUUUUGGUGGUUGGGCAACAUUCUUGCCGGAUGGACCACCUAUGGCAGCAACCUGCAUCUUAAGAAUUCCUGGGCUUGGAGAGUUCCUACCAUCGUGCAGGCUGGUCUUCCUGGAGUUGUCUUGGUUUUGAUUCUCUUCUUCCCGGAAUCUCCUCGUUGGCUCAUUGCCCAGGAUCGUCGGGAGGAAGCUUUGGAUAUUCUUGCCAAGUAUCAUGGCGAUGGUGACCGCCACCACCCUGUUGUUCAACUCCAAUACCAUGAAAUUGUUGAACAGCUCAGCGCCACUCGCGACGAGAACCCCUGGUGGGACUUCCGCGAGCUGGGAAACACCCGGCCUGCGCGCUACCGCUUGUUCAUGGUCAUCGCGAUGUCUUUCUUUGGUCAAUGGUCUGGCAACAAUGUUGUCUCCUACUUCAUGCCCCAGAUGAUCAUCCAGGCAGGCAUUACAAGCCCGGACAAGCAACUGCUCAUCAACGCCAUAAACCCUAUCUUCAGCAUGCUCGGCGCUAUCUACGGUGCUACACUCCUUGACAAGCUCGGCCGUCGUACCAUGCUCUUGUGGGGUCUCACUGGAGGAUUAGCCGCCUAUAUCAUCCUUACCGCAUUCACUGCGCAGAGCGAGUAUCACCCAUCGCUCAGUUACGGUGUGAUCGUCUCGAUUUACCUCUUCGGUAUCAUUUUCGCAUGGGGCUUUACCCCCUUGCAAACUCUCUAUGCCGUCGAGUGUCUCGAGAACCGCACCCGUGCCAAGGGAUCCGGUCUCAACUUUUUGUUCCUGAAUGUUGCCAUGGUUGUUAACACCUACGGUAUCUCGGUUGGUAUUGAGAAAAUCGGUUGGAAGUUGUAUCUGGUCUAUAUUGCUUGGAUCUGUGUCGAGAUGGUGGUUAUCUAUUUCUUCUUUGUUGAGACGGCUGGUAAGACUUUGGAAGAGUUGAAGGAGAUCUUUGAUGCGCCGAACCCUCGGAAGGCCAGUAUGAAGAGGACCAAGGUUGAGAUUGAUGAGUCUGGCACUGUUGUUGGAUUGGAGGCGUGA